AUGGCAUCUCGUACAAAAAUUGUGACAGCAGCUGAUCAGUCCUAUGGCAUUGCAACCCAAAGGUCAAAUUCCCAGGCUCAGAAUAGUAGAGAGGAUAAGUGUUCCGAGGUCAUGAAACUUAAUCCACAGCAAGCUCCAUUAUAUACCUUAUUUGUGUUUGUCGAAUUGCAAACGCUCAGUGGUAACACUCAGGGUGACUCUGUUAUUACAGUGCAGCUGACUGAGGAAGAUAAAGUUGAAGAUGAUGUAGUUUUUUACUUGGUCUUCACUGGGUCAACUGUCCAACACUGCACAAGCACAAGAAAGAUUAAUCCUGGGAGUCUGGAGACAAUCUCUCCUGGCCAUGACUGCUGUGAGACAGUGAAGGUGGCACUUUGUGCCUCUAGAGAAGGUCAUCCCAUCCUGGUUGUGGCAGAAGAGAGUUUCCAGUUUGUCCAGGAUGAAGCCUACGAUGCUGCCCAGUUUCUGGCCACCUGCGCCGGCAACCAGCAGGCACUAAACUUCACCCGGUUCUUGGACCGGUCGAGACCACCUGCUGCCGACGUGGACUUUUUGGAUGAGAAAGUGGCUUUGGCGUUUCGACACCUGAAACUGCCGGCAGAAUGGAACGUGCUGGGAGAGGACCAGUCCCUGACCGAGAACAUGCCUCGGGAAACACUGAUGCAUUUUGCGGUGAGGCUGGGCUUGCUGCGCCUGGCAUGGCUUCUGCUCCACCUGCCUGGUGGAAGACAAGCUCUGAGGAUCCCCAACAACGAAGGGGCAACGCCUGUGAGCUUGGCCUUGGAGAGGGGCCACAAGAAGAUGUACCAGCUUUUGACGGCAGCGGAAGCCAGGGAACCAGAGUCCUGGAGCACCUUGUCUCACACCGUGCACUCGGGCAAGCGGAGCGUGAAGCACCAUCGGGGGCGUGAUGUUUACAUGCUGACGGCUGAAGCUAAGGAAGGGGUGGCGGCCAGCUUGGAGAGUGACAUACAGCACCUUCAGAUGCAUAUGCAGAGCCACCAGCACAUGGUAGUAAAAGUCAGAUAUUUAAUUAUGCAUGGAACUCUCAGGAAUAGAUUAGAUGAUGAUCUCAGUCCUAGGAGCAGGAGGCAAGCGGCGGUGUUUGGACAUUGUCAGCCAGUUCCCACCAUUGCGGGUUUAAGGCACCAGACAGAGCCGGUACUGGGAGGUUCUGGAGACAGCCAUGCUAAAGCAGCAGAGCCAGGUGGUCACCCAGCCACUACCUCUCAGAGCCUGGAAGUACUGACAGGAGAAGGGAGGAAAGAAAGUCCGUCUGAUCUUGGUCAUCUGGACAUUGGGCAGGUCUCAAAGCGAAGCCACCAGGAGGAGAAAUGCAACAGCAGCAGUUUGGGAGCUUUUGAUGAUGUGUCAAACGACUUGCUGAGCCUGGGGGAUGCAAAGAGCCCGGAGUGCUUCUGUGAAAGUAAAAAUGCAGUGACGUUGAGUAAAAAGGAAGAGGAGGGGCCAACCUCUGCUGAAGGCUCUGGGACUGCAUCAGAUGAGGAGGACUGCAUAGUGAGCCUGCGUGCAAGCGUAAACGGUACCGUAAACGUUCCAUCCUGUCGAAAUACAAAUGAGGAAGCUGGAAUGACAUCUGCUGGAGUUGGUCUGGAUCAAGCCGGCUUGUGCAGUAAAGAUAGUGCCCAUCAGGAAGCGCAAGCUGCCGAGGAGCUUGCAGCUGACUGUGCUGUUACUGUGGUUGAAACUGCAGGCGAAGCCCCAGCUUCCUUGGAGGGCGUGGAUGUGGCUAUGGGCCAAACCGAGUGCAGGAACUGCACGGGGGCGGCUGAGAGGGCUGCGGGCCAGCGGCAGGUAGAGGACAGGAUGGCUGAGGAUGGUGAAAGUAGGACUGCAAACCCAGAAGAGCGACUGCCAGCUAAGGAAGAGUCAGACGGUGCUGCUCAGCCCUUACUCAGUGGUUUUAAUGGCACUGAGUGUGCAGCUGGAGAGGAUGCAAGUGUGGGAGUGGCACCGGCACUUGAUGGUGUGAGUGCAAGUGGUGGCACUGGCAAUGUCUCUGUUAACCUUUGGAAGACUGACGGUAGUGAAGAGACUGGAGCAGACUCAUGCGCUGAUCAGGUGAACGGUGGCUUCUUGGAAAGCAAAGGCGAUGCCCGUGUUGCAGAGAGGCCGGAUGUCACUGCGAGCGCCGGGGCAGCGUCGCCGGCAGUGAACGGGGUGAAGGUUCCCACGUGUGCAUCGAAACCUGGUCCUGGUUUGGAAAUUCGUGGCAGUGGUAUGACUGGGGAGCAAGAAGGGCAGGUGGAAGCAGAUUGCACAGAUGGGAAGUCCAGCUCGCUCUCGCUGGAAGACAGUGUGGAAACUGAUGGUCCUGAUGCUAAACCUGAAAAUGAUGCUGUUGGUGGAUCUAACCAAAGCAGUGCAGAACCUGCGCGUGGCCAGGAAAGUGGUAAAAUCACUGAAUGUGCGGCUGAAGCAAUGGAGGGCAGCGAAGCCUGUGGAGAGGGCCCAGCAGGAACUGAUACCAGCAGCAGCGGCGAUGGAGGAAGCUCAGGUUCUGCAGACGGAGGUCAGGAAGUUGCUGGCUGUCGCCCUUCUGCCAAUCAAACUGUCGUUGAAGAUGAAAUGGGUGACAGCUUAAAACCAGACAGCAAACAUGAGCCUGCCUUACUCCCUCCGGAGGGUGCGAGCCCAUCCCUGGCAGAAAAAGAGCCUGCAGAAACCGAAGCAGAGAUAGCAGGAUUUGCUUUGGAGCAGGAGGGGCUGAGGGGUGAGAUGAAAUCGCUCGCUCCCCUGCCCGGAGGAGAGGGCCCAGCAGUGAGUCGGGAGGGAGAUGCUGCAGUGGCACCUCCCGGGCAGGAGGCAGCUCUGCAAGGUACCGACUCUGGAUCAGCUCCGUGUGCCAAGGGCGCAGACUGCGCGGAGGGUAAUUUAAUAGGCACACCCUCUGCAAUUCAUAAUGAAGAAUCUAAACAAAACCAGGAAACAGUGGCGGCGGCGGCCGGCUCGGCAGAGCUCGCCCAGCAGCGCGGCGAGGAGCACGGCACAGUAGCUGCCGCAGUCGGCUGGCCUGAGGACCAUGCAGGGGACGAGGGCUCUCCGGAGCAGAGCCUCUCGCAGCAGGCUGAAGAAGGCGAAGCUGAGCCUGACCAGGAGGCUUGUGCAAGCGACAGGGAGCUGGUUUUGUCGGAGGAACAUCUUGCUGCUGUUGUGAAACCCUCUGCCUGCAGUCAGGGGGACCCUGCGGCCGGCGGCAGCGGUGUGGAUGCUGGGCUGAAAGGGGCAGACCGUGCCGAAGAAGCGUGCGAGACUGAGGCAGUGGUUGCAGGAGAAGGCACCAUGCACGGACCCGCGUCGGCAGGCGAGUCACCGGGUGCGGAGAACGACCGUGGUCCGGAUGCGGGGCUGAACAGCGAACAUGAUCCCGGUCAAACCCAACAGCGAAUCUGCCCACGCAGCAGCACCCCUGAACUAAAGGAGGCUUUGGAAAUGGGAGCCCUGAGUGAUGCGUGUGAGGGUAAGGAAGUGUUAAGGCCGGUGGCGGUAACCGCUGUCGCAGCGUAUCCAGACGAGCAGGAGGAUAUGGAAAGCGUGCUUCCCCGGGCAGCACUUCAGCCCAUCGCGGAGGAGCCCACGUGCGACAGCGACUCCAGCACCGACACCGUCUGUCUGGCCGGGGAGAGUGAUGCCGGUCCCGCUACGAAAGCAGCGCAGAGGGACGUCUUGGCUGAGCCCAAUGGAAAGCAAAGCCGAGCUCUACCCGAAUUGCCCUUCUCGCCCUCUUCGUGCCGUUUACAUGCUGUUGAGUCACUGGAAAAUGUGGGAGUAAAGAGCUUGGUUUCGGCGGAUGAAGGCUCCUCUCUGGAUAAAGUUCCUAAAAUGGUAAAAAGUUUUGAUGCGGUGGUUUUUGCAGCAGAGACACCUUGUUCCCCUGAAUUAUCAGCCGCAGAAGAAGUGGGGGUUGAGCCCCAGGCUGCAGUGGAUGUGGGAGCCAGCCUUGAUGGAGAAAGGAAUUCGAGUUCCUCGACAAAGAAGAGGAGCGUCAGCCCGGCAGCGCAAGCUGAGCCUGUUACAGAGCAGCCGGUGGUGUUUUCCAGUGCAUUGAAGCAGUACUGGAACUCAGAUGAUGAGUUUUGCUUGCUGCCGUUGGCUGGGAAGCGGGACCGGCGUUCCCCGCCGAUGAGUGGUCAUGGGGGAGAGCAGUGGGACGUGGGGGACAGCGUAGACGUCUGGUGA